AUCCCCAGGGGAGGAUCCUGAAGGAGAAUGGCCAGCUCUGGUCCUCAAGACACGGUGUGUGGCUCAGUGACAUUUAGGGAUGUGGCUGUUGACUUCUCUCAGGAGGAGUGGGCCUGCCUGGAUGCUACUCAGAGGGUCUUAUACAGGGACAUGAUGCUGGAGACCUACAGCAACCUCGUCACAGUGGUGGGAAGUUCCAUUUCCAAACCGGAUCUGAUCACCUUACUAGAGGAGGAGAGAGAGCCCUGGAUGGUUGUGAAGGAAGAAGCAGACAGGCCCGGCCCAGAAUUGGAGUCAUGCUAUGAAGCUGAAAAUAUAUCUCCAGAAAAUCAUGUGUAUAGUAUAGAUUUACCCAAGCAGACCAUGAAGCAAUUAAGUAAAACUUUUAAUCUCCAGGGCUCCAGUUUUAGUAAUGACCCCAACUCUAGUACAUUCAAGGCACUACAGAGUUAUCAAAGAGAUGUUGAUCAAAAGAUUAGUAACAAGGAAAAACUGCCUCCUUACACCUGCAAAACUCUGACUCACAAUAUAGAAAAGCCAUAUGAAUGUAAAGAAUGUGGAAAGUACUUUGGUUGUAGUUCAAAUCUCAAUCAGCAUCAGAGUAUUCAUACUGGAGAGAAACCCUAUGAAUGUAAGGAAUGUGGGAAAACCUUCAGACUCCACCAACAACUUACAAGACAUCAGAAAUCUCACAGCGGUGAGAGACCUUUUGAAUGCGAUGAGUGUGGAAAGGCAUUUCAUCUUCCCAACCUGCUUAAAUAUCAUAAAACCAUUCAUUCAGGCACAAAACCCUUUGGGUGUGAGGAAUGUGGGAAGUCCUUCAAUCGUGUCUCCACUCUUUUUCAACAUAGGAUCAUUCAUGCCGGUGUGAAACCAUAUGAAUGUAGUGAGUGUGGGAAAGCCUUUAAUCGUCGCUCAAACCUCAUGCAACAUCAGAAGAUUCACUCUGGUGAGAGACCCUUUCAGUGUAAGGAAUGUGGGAAAGCCUUCACUGUUUUGGCACAGCUCACUCGGCACCAGAACAUUCAUACUGGAGAGAAGUCAUUUGAAUGUGAGCAAUGUGGGAAGAUAUUCAGUAGUGGCUCAUACCUUGCACGACACCAGAGUAUUCAUACUAGUGAGAAACCCUUUGAGUGUAAUGUAUGUGGGAAGGCUUUUAGGCUUCACCUGUAUCUUUCUGAGCAUCAGAAAACUCACACUGAUGAGAAACCUUUCAAGUGUAAGCUGUGUGGGUCAGCCUUCAGACGUAAGUACCAACUUAGUGAACAUCAGAGAAUCCAUACUGAUGUGAAACCCUAUCAGUGCAAGGAAUGUGGGAAAAACUUCCGUAGACGUUCAAACUUUACUGAACAUCUGAGUAUUCACACUGGAAAGAAACCAUUUGAAUGUAAAGAAUGUGGGAAAGUCUUUAGACUUAAUAUCCAUCUCAUUCGACAUCAGAGAUUUCAUAGUGGUGAAAGACCUUUUGAAUGUAAAGAAUGUGGAAAGGCUUUUCAUUUUUCCAGCCAGCUUAAUUACCAUAAAACCAUUCAUACAGGUCAAACACCUUUUGAAUGUGAGGAAUGCGGGAAGUCCUUCAAGCGUGUCUCCAGCCUUGUUGAACAUAGGAUCAUUCAUGCCGGUGUGAAACCAUAUGAAUGCAAUGAGUGUGGGAAAGCCUUUAAUCGUCGCUCAAACCUCAUGCAACAUCAGAAGAUUCACUCUGGUGAGAGACCCUUUCAGUGUAAGGAAUGUGGGAAAGCCUUCACUGUUUUGGCACAGCUCACUCGGCACCAGAGCAUUCAUACUGGAGAGAAAUCAUUUGAAUGUGAGAAGUGUGGGUCAGCCUUCAGACUUCAGUACCAACUUACUCAACAUCAGAGAAUUCAUACUGAUGUGAAACCUUUUCAGUGCAAGGAAUGUGGAAAGGGCUUUAUUCGUGGUACAGGCCUUCGAAUUCACCAAAGAAUCCAUACUGGUGAGAAGCCCUUUCAAUGUAAGGAAUGUGGAGAAGCCUUUCAAUAUCAUUACCAAUUUCUUGGGCAUUUUAGAAUUCAUACUGACAAGAGUCCUUAUGAAUGUACACAAUGUGGGGAGUACUUUACUCGUGGUGGAGACCUUAAAGUACAUCAAAGAAUUCACACUGAUGAGAAAUCUUACCAGUGCUAAGAAUAUUCGAAUCCCAUUAGUUGAAAAUCAAGCUUGGUUUGACAUGCUAAAAUGCAUAUUAAUAAGCCUUAUGGAUGUAAGGAAUGUGUAAAGACUUUCAGUAAUUCUAAGAUAGCCUUAUAUUACAGAAUUCAUUAUGGUGAGAACCCCUAUGAAUGUAAGAAUUGGAGAAAAUGUUUAUUGUUAUUAUUAUUAUUUUUUUUUUUUUUAGCCUUUACUGCACAGUGGAGAAUUCAUACUGGUAUGAAACUUCUCAAUGUAAAGAAUAUGGAAAGACCUUCAAUUUCUGAGCUCAGGCCUUCUUCAAUAUAAAGGAAUCCAUGCUGGUGUGAAACCCUACCAAUGCAAGGAGUGUGGGAACAUUAUAGAAUUAGCUCAGCUCUUAAACCUCAUCAGAGAGUCCUUAUAGGUCUGAAACCCUGUGAAUGUAAAGAAUGUGGGUAAGCCUUAUUGUAAAUGAUGAGCCUAUAAAACAUCAGAAAGUACUUCAUCAUCAGGGGUCCUAUGCAUGUAAGGAAGGCAAACAAGUCUUUGUAUGGAAAUUUUACUGAACAUCAGAGGACUCAUUGGCAAGACUGUGAUUGAAAAGGAUGUGGGAAGAACUAGAAUUUGUCCUAGAAUUUGGUCUACAUCAGUAUUCAUAUAUUCUUAAUGCCAAGAAACCCUUAGAGAAUGAGAAUGUGGGAAACCUGUUGUUCAGAGGUCAUACUCUGUUGAGAAUAUCUUUGAAUGUCAGAAGUAUAGGGUAGCCAUCAUAGUCUUGAUUUACUUUCAUCUUGUUAAUUCUGUAAAUUUAAUUCAAAUAGUAUUAAACCAAUAUAGGAAAGCAGUUAUUGGAACUAGGAUUAUGUGAGGUCCCUUCCUGGUCUCCAUUAGUAUCCAUGGCUCCUGUAAUGUUAGGCACAAUGUUUCCUUUCUGCCUAAUUUGUUAAUGACAAUCACAGUACCAGACAAAGUUGUGCAAACAAUACAACAGAUAUAAAAUCCUUGAAAGAAUAUUUGUUUCAUGCUCAUGUUCUAUAAAGUGGCUUUUUACAAUGUUCUUGCCUUUAUAUCAUCAUUCCUGUAACUUAUAUGGAAGCAAAUUGUAUUGCAGAUAGUUUAGAGGAGCCUCAUGCAUUCCUAUACCAUUCUGGGAAAAAUCAAAUCUGAUGAAAAUAUAUAUGAAAGGAUUUUUAUUGAGAAUUCAUUCCUUAAUUAUUUGUGUAGAGAAGUUAAAAACAUAGCUGCUAAUGAAUACUUUUGAAAGGGGUUCAAUACAUAAAAAUUUCAAAAGGUAAGACCCUAUAAUUUA